AUGCGCCCUGUUUACGGACUCACUCCCUUUACAUACCAAGGCCCACUGAGUCAGAAGCUGGAGUCUCGAAAUACCAGCAUGCGUCGAAAGGACCUUCUUGGUCUCGAAGAGGCUAAACACGGCGAGAUCAUGUAUUGUCCGAGUGGCAAAGAGGAGUGGAGUGCGGAUGAGCUUGGGCUGUCCGAGCAGAGCCCGCCGCCACCCCCUCCGGGCAAUUUAGUCCAAUCGGCUGGCUUCGUAGUUGGUUUGGACGAAUUCGAUGGUGGUGUCACCAGGGGCUCGGUGGGAGUGCUUGAUCAGUCCAUGCUAGAGAUGCGGCUGGCAGGCGACUUUUACAAUGUGCAGGAGAAUGUUCCACGAGGGGUGCAGCUGGAGGAUCCGGGCAUGUUCCACACGCCAUUUCCAGGAGAGGAAGCUUCAUUCCGGCUUGACAGAAUGCCUUUUGAUUUUGACCACAAGUCUGGCUCCGUAGUGCAGAAGGUGCAGGAUUUUCCCGAGCUUUCUUUUCCCGCACACGUCACGCCAGCUCAGGAGCCUCCAGGUGGCUGCCUGAACACCUGCGUGGAACUCCGAAACGUCCACGCACGCGAGGCCUUCACUUGCGCCUUCAACUUUUUCAAGACGAAGGCAUCAGCAUCCUUCUCCAAGGGAAACGGCGGAAAAGUCAGAGAGCAGAAGUUGGCCAUGAAGGCAACUGUGUUCCACACAAGCUGCAGUGGAGUGCUCGUCAGCUGUUUGCUGAAGGCGCGUCUAUUCUCAGCAGCAGAAGAUCCUUCGAAGCUCCUCUUCGAGUUCCGACGCUGCAGCGGCGAUGCACUGGCCUUCGCACAUGCUUUCGAGGAGGCGUCCAAACACUUGCGGUCCAACCUCAUGGCGGACACAGACGUGAGCCGUGACAGCGACGUGAUUCACGACAGGAUCCCGGGCACAGGUGAGGAGCACAGUCAAAUUCAACCCCUCGUUGAUAUGGUUGCUGCUGGCAGUCCGUCCACCUUGGAGGCUGAAGCAGUCGCAGCCCUGGCAGCCUUGGCCCUGAGCGCUGACCCAGCAGGGACCACAGCCUUGCUGGCUGCGCUCCGAGAUGUGCAGAAGACCCUUGUCGAGCUUUGCGUGAACAGCAGAACCUCUAUCGACACAGCGUACCCGGCGGCGAGACUUGUCUCCAAGCUGGUGUGCAAAUCGGACGUAGAUGCGGAGGCUCAACAGAUCGCAUGUGACCUGACCCGAGCAGUGUGCGGAGCCACACAUCUUGAUUCCUUGGUGCGUGGGGAGCUAGCGGAGGCAGUUCGAGCCGUUGCUAGGAAACGCACUAUGCAGCUCCCCAUGCAGAGUGGUCUAGAUGAGCGCCAGCUGGCACAGGCCUUACAAACACUGGAGGAGCCUGGGCCCUUCAGGAAGCUGCAAGAUGGGGUGAUGGCGUAA